GCAGAAAUUACGGCGGAUUCAGACGCGGCGGCGGCCGGUGGCAGCUUCGCCGCUUGCAGCUGCACCAUCGGAGCAGCAGCAACCGCAACGGGAGCCGCGGCUGCGGUCGGAGCAGCAGCGGUCGCCGCGGCGAUAGCAACAGCAGGCAUGGGCAUAACGUUUGCUGGCUGCCGUCCCUCCGCCGGCGACGGUGAUGUCACUGAGACAGGAGCUGCAGCGGCGGUGGGAGCGGCAGGCCGGAGCAGUGCCUGGGCCGGCGGCGGCUGUGGUUGGGCUGGUGGCUGGGUGGUGAGUGCCGAGGGGUGAAGCUGCGGCGGAGGCGGAGCGGGCAUGGCGGGUGGCGGCGCUGGGGUGGCCGUCGGUGCGAUAGCGGGCGGCGGCAUUGCCUGCGAGCAGAGGGCGAAGUGCCGCCGCCGGAGACCCCUCGGCCGCCGCCACCUCUGACGGUGCAGCAGCAGCAGCAGCAACAGUGGCGGUAGGCGUCACUGUCGUUGCGGCUAUGGGGGCAGCAGCUUCUCUGAAGGAAAGAACACCGCAAGACAACGAUCGCAUGCUGGUUAGCAAGGUCCAACAUCGCAAUAACCAUGUCAAACUCGACCUAGACAGGAAGCUCGCAUGUUGCCGGCCGACCCAAAUCAGAAUUUGCGGGUAUACGUCGGAUGGCAUCCAUUACCGACCCUUCGGCAGGCGCCGCUCUCACCCUGGGCUAGCUAAUGGCAGGCCUGCCGGAGUUGUCUCGUGUUGCGGGGCGGUGGG